UGCUGGGAAACAGCACGUCGGUUGGCGUCGUAAGCGUUUGAGGUGUCAGAAGACACAAAUAGAAGCCAAGCAAGCAACGCAUCCGAAUCGUGCAAAUUGGCACCUUUCAUCUCGACUGGCUCCUGCUUGUGAGCUGACCUUCCCAUUCGACGCUCGUUUUAUAUGCGCUUUUUUCUGAUUUUUGCAUCCUUACUCUCGGUGUUUGCUGCCGCAGAUGUCAUUUCUCAAGCCUUACUAGCCUCAGCAUCGACCGUGACAAGCUCUGCAGUCUCGUUUGCAACAACCAAUGUUUUCACUACCGCAACUGUACCAUUGACUAUGAGCACCGCGAGUUGUUCUCAGCCCACCCAAUCUGCAGCUACCGGCGCUCAAGACAUCAAUCUCAUUCGGGAGCGCCGUUUGACGUCGAUUGUAUCCGAGCUCUCAGGCUCUAGCAAUGUAAUUGCUGGCUGGCUUUCUUCCCUCGACUCGGACGGUAAAUGGCCUGACGUCGACUAUGCUACGGGUUGUGCUGCCCAGCGCGCGAACUGGCCGGCCAGAGAUCACUGGGUGCGGUUACUCACAAUGGCAGGCGCUUGGCAUGGUGGACUUUCCGGUGUGUGCCAGUACAUCAAAGACGCCAACCUCGAAUCCGCCAUCCUUCUUGGGAUGAGAUGGUGGUUUGACCACGAUUUCACCAACCCUGCUUGCUUGGACAAUGGUGGUAGUGCAAGUUGCCCAUGUAAUUCCACGGAGACCCUUCUCUGGAAUACGAAUUGGUACAAUAUUCUUACUGAAGCAGAUGAGAGUCAUUGUAUGCUCAUGUCAACUCGUUCCUAUGGUGCUUUUGCUCGCAAUGCGAGUUACAUGACCGGAGCCAAUAUCCUGGAUGUAGCCAAGAUUGGAAUAGACGCAGGACUCUUGUCUUCGAAUGAGUCUUUUGUCGCUGAUGCUUACAGUAAAAUACACCAAGAACUUGGUAUCAAAGAUGGUAUCAUGGUAGACGGCAUCAGGUCUGAUGGUAGUUUCGGUCAGCACGGAGGCUUACUCUAUAACGGCAAUUACGGCACCGUCUAUUCUAACGACGUCUUGGACCUUGAACUUGCAGCAGCAGGGACACAAUUCUCGGCCGGUUCUGCUUCCAAGACCGCUUUGGCUAGUCUAUUUGAUGGGGACAAAUGGAUGAUUUUCUAUAAUGCCAUUAAUGGUGUACUUCACUGGGAUUUUUCUGUUCUUCCAAGAUUCAUCAGCUUUCCUGUCAUCGACGGACAAGCCACCGCUGACAUUGGAAUGAAUUUAACGGCAGUGGAGGAGUUGGGUAAUGAAUGGAUGUCAAACACGCUAAUAGAAUUUGGAGCCAGUUUAAAUGUCACUGAUCUAGCGCACGCCAAUGCUGGAAACCUUAAUGGCAACCGUAUGUUUUAUGCCAACGAUUACAUGGUUCACCGUGGCAAACGGUAUGUCACAACUCUGAAGAUGUUUUCGUCGAGAACGAAAAACACCGAAUGUACCAAUUCGGAAAAUCCAUUCGGAUUCCACCUUGCAGAUGGGGUUCUUUACACCUAUCUCAAUGGCAACGAGUAUGAAGACAUCGCUGCUGCCUGGGAUUGGAGCCUCAUUCCAGGAAUCACUGUCGAUUAUAACGCGACGAUAUUGAGCUGCUCGAGCAGUCAAUUCUCUGGACUUCAGGCUUUUGUAGGUGGGGUGUCAAAUGGUCAAGUUGGUGUUGCAGCCAUGCGGUAUCUGAAUCCUUCCACGAAGUCGUUGGGCUGGCAGAAGGCCUGGUUCUUCCUCGAGGACGAUGUACAGCACGUCAUGGUAGCCAAUAUCUCAUCCAAUACCAACGCACCAGUCUAUUCUGUCCUCGAUCAAAAGCGCUACGUCGAACCUUUAGUCGUAGACGAGUAUGAAGAUGUGGGAUCUAUGGCAGGGCCUAGGUCGUUGUGGCAUGGCAAUGUUGGUUAUGUCAUCGAUCCGCAAGAGUCAACAUCCAUCUCUUUCAGCGUCGAGGACAAACGUGGCAAUUGGUCCUCAAUUGGCAUAUCUACGCAGCCUCCUUCGGAUGUCACACUUUUCACUGCGUGGCUACAGCAUGAUUCCUUGAACUCAUCUUCAUCAUACACAGCUUUCCCGGGGACAACCCUUGACACAUUCCUUUCAAAGAGCCACCAAUUCUCUCUUCAGUCGGCUGAGAAUGACGCUCAGGUUUCAGCGAUCUAUGACCAGGCACAUGAAACGGUCUUUGCAAUCUUUUGGAACGAGAGCGGUGGUUCUACGAAGCUCGAUAUUUCCUGUCCCCAAUCUUCAGAAGCUCACUUUCUUUCUAUUACGGCGAAUGGCAACAUCGCACUCAUUUAUGAUCAACGUACCAACUUCAUUACGGUAUCUGAUCCAUCACAGACGCUUACCGCUGUGGAAAUUACUUUCGUUUUUACAAGAAGCGAGAAGGAGGCACUAACGAGAAGCUCAGUAGUGGCCUUUCCAACGGGUGGUUUAGCAGGUAGCAGUGUUUUUCAACGAAUCUGACCUUCCCUGCUCUGUGUUACUUUAAUUUGGCGCGUCCGUUGGGGUCGCUGUCGUUGGGACAAGAAGAUGCAAACAGAACCAAAAUCGAA